AUUCACACAGGCCACAGUAAUUAACUCCACUUUUUGAAUGUUUUAAAAUUUUAGUUAAAAUUUUAGGCAAAGCACUCAAUUAACGCUUAACUUUUUAUAUCUAAAAUAAAUUUCCUUAAUAAUUAGGCUUAACAUUCUACAAUGUUUAUUUGAAUGUAAAUUUUAAAAAAUUUUUAAAAGAACGUAUAUUAUUUUAUCAAUUUCUCUACUUUUGUAAUGAAAAUUCCUUUAAUCGACCAAUCUGGCAAAUUUUAUUAAUUACUGAAUACGCAACGUUUCAAUCAUGCUUCUGGUCCUUAUCAAGUGUCAUAUAAUAUCAGUAAGUCAUUUUCUAAAAUUAGCAUGAACAAUUAAUAUAAAAGAUAUUCUAAGUAGCAGUAAUUUAAAAAAAUCACAAUACAUUCUCUAUUGUUCGUUUUGUGGAGUUAAUUGAUUUCGCAAAUGAGUGGGCUCAUAUAUAAGAAAUACGUUAUUAUUUAAAAACACUAAAACACCGGGACGAAUAUGUGUUAUAUAACAACCCAUAAAAGGUAAGCCCUCAAGUGGAAAGAGCAAAACAUUUUUUAUGUUCCUAAUUACUUAUUGGCCUUGGCUCCUAUUUACGAAUAUAGCUACGAAUCGUCGUUUCACGCUCGCAAGUACGUAUGGCAAGUUUAUUUCGUCGUAAUUCUCCGUCGUCGUCCGCGAUCGAAUAUGCUCGCCAGAAGUUCAACGCGCCGUACAAGAUUCACGCAAUGGCGCAUGCGUGCAAUGUCAAGCCAUACGACCGCACAGUGCACCACUGUUAUUCACCUUGGUCAUUUAUUCGUUCCUCCUGCUGUCGAUCAGAGCACGUGCAGGGAGGAUCAAUCAUAGAGAAUAAAGCGCGAUCUUUUUCUUUACGAGACGUUCGCUGACGCGCGUCGCGCUGGCGCCGGUAUUAUUUCCCCGCUGAUGCUGAACAAUUCGUCGCUCUACGGAAGAGGAUACCGGAUAAUGAUAGUCGCGAGUCGAAGAUAAAUCGUUUCUUGGAACCCUCGGCUAGGGAAUCAUGGAGCCUAUUCUGGAAAGUGACGUGAACGGAAUUGCCUACAAGGGCAACGCGUAUCACGAAGGUGGCAAAAGAGGAGUCUCCGGGAAUGGCAACGAGUUUACCCAGAUGUCUUAUCUGUCCAAACAAGCCGCGGUGGACAUCGAAUUCAACGAUUUGACAUACUCAGUGCCAAAAUCUCGAAAAGAAUCAAAGAUGGUUUUAAGAGGAAUCAGUGGACAAUUCAAAUCAGGCGAGCUAACAGCGAUUUUGGGUCCUUCCGGUGCCGGAAAAUCAACGCUUCUCAACAUUCUCGCAGGAUAUAAAUGUACAGACAUAGGCGGUUCUAUAACUAUUAAUGGGCAGCCACGAGAUAUGCAACAGUUUAAGAAAAUGUCAUGCUACAUUAUGCAAAAUGAUCUUAUCCAACCGAAACUUACAGUGUUAGAGUCGAUGACAUUCGCCACUGAGCUUAAGCUCGGUAGAAACAAAUCGUCAUCUCAGAAACGCGCCGCAAUAGAGGAGAUUUUAAAUACUCUUAGAAUAUCCGAAGUGCGAGAUACAAUUACGGAUGAACUUUCUGGUGGACAAAAAAAGCGACUAACGAUUGCACUUGAACUUGUGCAUAAUCCACCAGUUAUUUUCCUUGAUGAGCCAACUACCGGAUUGGACGAGUUGUCCUCUAGUCAAUGCGUCGAUCUUCUUAGCGGAUUGGCGCGUUUCGGACGAACCGUUGUAUGCUCGAUACACACACCUAGCGCGAGUACAUUCAGAAAAUUUGAUCACGUUUACGUCGUAGCUGCCGGAUUAUGUGUUUACCGAGGAACCGGUAAUAACGUGAUACCAUUUUUACGAAGCAUAGACAUAGAAUGUCCGAAACAUUACAAUCCUGCAGAUUUUUUGAUAGAAGUUUCAUCAGGUGAUUAUGGUUACGAUCUGACUGAACGACUACUUGUUUGCGUGGAAACAAAAUCCCCGAUUAUUCCAAUUUCUCGAUCAAAAUGUGAAUUUGAAAGUGAUAAAAAGGAUCUAAAAGUCUUUUGGUUUGAUCAAUUUAAAACGCUAAUGCGAAGAAUGACAUUGCAGCAUUAUCGAAAUAGGAAUUACAUAUAUCUGAAGAUAUCGUUACAUGUUUUCCUGGGAUUGACGAUUGGUUUACUUUUUUUAAACAUGGGCAAUGACGGUUCCAAGACUCUCUUCAAUUUCGGCUUUUGCUUCGCAUGCCUGAUAGUAUUUCUCUACAUCCCCAUGCUACCUGUACUGUUGCAUUUUCCUUUUGAGAUUCAACUGAUGAAACGAGAACACUUUAACAGAUGGUACGAAUUUAGUGCAUAUUACUGGGCUCUAACAAUAGUUUCCAUACCUACACAGGUAGUAAUGGCGUUAACAUAUCUCUUGAUAGUCUACUUUCUCACGGGACAACCACUGGAGUGGUUCAGGUGCUGCAUGUUCUUCGGUACCUGCUUCAUAUGUUCCUUCAUUGCGGAUAGUAUAGGCCAUAAUAUCGCCAGCAUAUUUAAUACCGUGAAUAGUGUAUUCGCUGGACCCGCGUUCACGUGUCCCCUGAUGCUACUUGCGGUGCAAGGUUUCGGCGAGACCUCUCCUUUACCACUUUUACAAAAAGUGUUCAUGUACAUCAGUUAUAUCCGAUACGGACUAGAGGCUCUUUUAGUCUCUUUAUACGGAUACGACAGACCGAGAAUGCCUUGUCCACCUGAGAAGAUAUACUGUCACUUCAACUCACCUAGAGAAGUCUUUAAUAGUAUACUUGGUACAGGAAGCGCUCCCAAUUUCUGGGUGGAUCUCAGCGCUCUCCUGAUCAUCCUGGUCAUUUGUAAAUGGAUCUUAUACUAUUUACUAAGGCAAAGAGUGCAACCAAACAAAACAUUCCAGAUGCUUAAUUUAAUCGGAAAAUUCAUCAAGAGCUACUUCAACGGGUAAUGGAUGACAUAAUAACUGCGUUAACUUUGUCUUUCUUCCGAUAUCAUUCUUCGUAUCGCAAUUCUUCGGAUUAGGGCUUAUAAUUAUAAAACUAAUAAUACUCGCAAAUAAAAUGUACAUGACACGUGUUAUGCGCGUUUCUAAGAAAAAUAGAUAAUGCAAUGUAAUGAUAUGUGCAACGUGAUAUUAAUUAGUAUCACUAAUCCAUUAUAUAGGUUUUACUAGCUUUUAAAAGCAAAUAGAUCACACAGUCCGACAAAAUUUACUGUAUUCUGAUUUUGCUGUCAUAUUGUUAAUUUAAUUCAGGAUAUUUCAUGAUUGUAUUAUAGUAAUUCUAGAAUAAAAUAAUAUAUCUUAAUAUAUGGCACGAGGGAUGUACGUACGCAAUAUUGUACAUUAUGAUUUUUAUACAAAGUUUAUAUAUGUAUUUAGGUGUUGCAAAUGUAGACAGAGUUUUACAUUAAAACAAUGAUUUAUCCAAAGUACAAAGUGAUUUUACCAAGUUAUGAAAGAUAAAGCAAGUCACAAAAGAUGGUGAUAUCGCCAUCUAGAGAGCGUUGUCGUUAUUUCUAUAUACGCUUAUUCAUCCGGUUGCAUGCUUGCAGGGAUUCAGGAAGUUAACGUAGCACAGCGAUAACGAUAAUUUUUUUUUCUCAUUCGGCAUUACGUCAAAAGAAUAAGAAAAAUAUUUAGCGAUAAGCCUAGCUAAAUGAUGUUAGAAAACCAAUAUAUUGUCAUCGUUGACAAUAUAUAUUCUCUUUACAUAUUUCUUAUGAGAUGAUACAUACUUUUAGUAUGUAAUUUGGAAUAAAAUUAAUUAUAAAUAAUC